AGAAAAGCACCACUAAUCUAAACUCUCUUGGGUCUAUAUAAAGCCUGAGCUCUUAAGCUUUAGCAAAAAAUAAAACAUAAGCUCCCAAGUCAUUUCGCACCCAAGAAAAAAUGGUGGAACAGAAGAUGAAACCGGUGGCCUCUUUUCUUUUAGUUCUGAACUUUUGUAUGUAUGCUAUUGUUCUUGGGAUUGGCGCAUGGUCCAUGAACAAAGCUAUCAACCAUGGCUUCCUUAUUGGUGCGGAUUAUAGUCUUCCGGCUCAUUUCUCGCCGAUACAUUUCCCAAUGGGUAAUGCGGCAACCGGAUUCUUCGUGACGUUUGCCUUAAUUGCUGGAGUUUCGGGAGCUGCCUCGGUUAUCUCUGGCGUCAGUCAUCUCCAGUCAUGGACUACAACGAGUCUCCCAGCAGCUGUAUCUGCCGCCACCAUUGCUUGGUCGCUCACACUUUUAGCCAUGGGCUUUGGCUGCAAGGAAAUUGAACUUGGGAUGAGAAAUGCUCGUCUGCAAUAUAUGGAUUCUUUGGAGACCAAAAAAGUUAACCGCAGCAACUCAGCUUUACAACCUGCAGGAACAAGAACUAAAUGA